AUGGUGUUUUUUCUCUAUAUUUCCAUGGCAAAGAAAUGUUAAUGCAACGAGAUAUAUUUUGAAGAUUUAUGUAGAGAUGCAAGAGGAUGUUAUUUUGAAUUAAAAUCUGGUAUUUGUGAAGAAAUAAAUUGUCUUGAAAGAUCAAGUGAGGAUUGCUCUUAUUUUGCUGGAAAAUUAAGAUGCUAUUGGGACAUUACGAUAGGAUUUUGUAAAGAAUUGAAAGGUUGUGAAGAAUUGUAAGAAAAUGAUAAGGUUGAUUCUAACGAAGAAAAUUGUUAGGAAAUAGAUUGCCGGUGGGAUUAUUAAUCAAAAAUAUGUGUAUCAGAUGCUGAUUAGAGAAUGUGCAAAGAUUAUAAUUUAGAAUAUUGUGUUGGUGCUAUUUAAGUUGUUGGAACAAAACAGAGUGAAUGCGUUUUAAAUGGAGAAAACGGAGAUUCUUGUAUUGCUUUAGAGAAUUGUGAAGAUAUUACAAAUGUUAAUUCAUGCUAAACAUAACUAUGUAAAUGGGAAGAUGAUGAAUGUAAGACCAAAAUUUGUAGCGAUUAUAGUAUAGAUGAAUGUCCAAGUUUUAAUAAAUUAAGUUAAUAACAAUGUUAUCCUUCUCAUUCAGGAUGCAUUGAAUAUAAUUGUAAUGAUUUUGGAGUGAAAUUGGAAUGUUAGAAUCAUCCAAGAUGUUUUUGGAGUCAAGAUCUCAAUUCUUGUCAUCAAUAAACAUGUAAUAAAGCUACAUAUGCAACAUAAUGUCUCAGUUUUAGCUAUGUAGUAGAAAACUCAGAAUGCAAAUGGGAAAAUGAUGGUUGUCAUUCUUGCUACUCGAUUGCAUUAGUCUUCUAUUUAAUAAUAUAUAUAUUCUAUUGA